GCAAUUUGCUUUCUCGCGCACAGAGCAUGAAGAUCGCUAGUACCGUCGCUUUGCUCGCCGCGUCGGCGUCGGCCCUCCACGUCCGGAGCGCCUCGAACGCCCACGUGAGCGUCUGGGGCCAGUGCGGCGGCAAAAACCACAACAGCGACACGACAUGCGCCACCGGCAGCUACUGCAAGGUCAUCAACGAGUGGUUCUCGCAGUGCCAGCCCGGCGGCAACGGCCAAGUCGGCGUCUGGGGCCGAUGCGGCGGGAAGGACUACGAUGGCGACACCCAAUGCACGCCCGGCAACGAGUGCAAGGUCUGGAACGACUACUACUCGCAGUGCGUGCCCAGCGAGAAUGACGGCAAGAAGGACGACACCAGUGGUGCGCUGCCCGCAGGCUGGCUCGAGCUUCCGGGUCUCAAGUGGACGCUUCUGGACAACGACUUGGCGACGACGGACGACAAGAGCUUCGCCGACUGCGUCCAGUCGGGCACCAAGCCUGCGACCGACGGCAUGACGCGCUUCUUCGCGGUCUGGGACUCGACCAAGAAGGUCUGCCACGUCGCGUCGACGGUGUACACGUACGAGAUGACGCCUGGCUUUACGAGUGCCGUCAAGUACAACGCCGACAAGUACGUCUGCACGGCCAACGCCGACUACGCCAACGACGAAGUCAACUCGUUCCAAACGCGCUUCAACCGGUGCUUGGACUCGUGCGACAACCUCGGCGACGGCUGCAACGGCGUCACGUACGUGCGCGAGGCCACGUCCGGCUACGGCAAGUGCUCGCUCAAGCUCCGCAAGGACACGUCGGCGGCGCCCAAGACGACCAGCGACGCGCCUUCAAUUCCCUUGUUUCUAGUACGUUAA